AUGUCUACAACCUCUCCAUCCCCACCACCUAGCCUACAAUCAAAUGAAGACUCAAGUGAUUCGAUGUCAUCGGAAUUCUCUGAAGCAGCCUCUCACCAAAAUUGUAAUUCAUUGGAAUCCACUCAGAAAAUUUUUUACAAAAUAAAUUCACUUACAUCGCAUGGAGUAGAGGACAUUCUUUCUGAUGGACUAAACUACAGUGCUCAAGAUAAUACAUUUCCAGAUUACAAGGCCGAAGUGCUUUCCACAAUAUCAAGUUCAUUCGUCCAAGAUUACAAUUCAAGAGAUUCAACGGGAUUUAGUAUACAGGACAUACUUGGACUACAACAGUCUUAUAAUGCAAAUAAUUCACAAGACUUGGAAUCAAGAUUAGAAUAUCAAAUACCCCAUUACGAUAAUAUAAGCAACAGUUCUAAUAAUAAUUAUGCAUCUGGACCCGAGGAAAUGGUAUCAGAUCAAUGCAUUAAUAAAAACAAUGACAUAUUCCCUCCAGAAUCCGAAAUUAGGAACCAGGAUAUUUAUCAUAGAAAUUACUCAGAUAACGAACUGGUUCGAUGUCAUCAGAGAAGUGAUUUAGACAACGAUGUCAAAAAUCCUGAAAGGGAACUAAAUGAUAUAAGUGAAUCAAGUUUUCCUAGUCAGACUUCUGCAUGGUGUGAUAAAUCAUCAAUUAUUAACAACCAAAUCUUCAGCGCGAAUUCGUCUGUGUCCAACGAUAUGUCUACAGACUCAUCGUCAUAUCCAAAAGGAUUUACAAAACGAGCGCGGACCGCCUAUACAAGCUCACAAUUAGUUGAAUUGGAAAAUGAAUUCCAUCAAAACCGUUACCUUUGCCGUCCAAGACGUAUAGAAUUGGCUAAUUACUUGCAGUUGUCGGAACGACAAAUUAAAAUAUGGUUUCAAAACAGACGAAUGAAAUACAAAAAGGACAAUAAGCACAAUAAGCCAACUUCUUCAGUUGAGGAUACGAACCCCUCUACUAAUACCAAAGAACUGUCACCGAGUCAAGAUCAUAAAAUGAGUCACGGGAGAAGCUGUGGCGGUCAUGACCGUCAUCGUCGUUUACUUACAGACAAUCACAGCGCUCACCAUAAAAUUUAUUUAUCUUCUAAUGAAACGCUCUCACGACCACCAGAAUACUCUUCGGUCAGUCCCUUAAAAUCAGUAAUUAAAGGACCGCAAGCUACGAUUGAACUUCCACCAUACACACCUAACUUAUCUUAUUCGUCAUAUUAUGGAACCGGGGCAUCUCGAAAUUCUUACUCGCCGAUAUCCGAAGUUUAUCGAUACACUAACGAUGAGUCAUUACAACCGAGUGGCCACGCAUUGUCAACGCUGCAGUCAGACAGUUACGUGCCGAACGGCGUCAAUUUAAAACUUACCGAAGAUAUGACACGUUACUCAUCAGGAUCUACGUACUAUAAUCCACUUACUAGUGGAGUCGUGUUACACACUUCAACUGCUGAUACAUAUGGAUUCAAUUCUACAGUGCCAACGUUAAGCGCGCCUACAUAUGAAGACAACAGUUUAGUGCAUUCACGAAUGAACAUCCCACUGGCUCAAGAUUCUUACUUCCCAUAUUUAUCAUCAACCGACACUUCUAGUCAACACACUUCCACAAGUACUAAUAAAUAUUCUUCUUAUAUAUCUCUG